GGCGCGCGGCCCCUUUAAGACUUCAGGAUUUGGGAGUGACGCGGACAGGAGAGCUGGUUUGUCCCUGUUUCCUUCGCUGUGAAAAAAAUAUUUGGACUAACUUCACCAACUGCUGGCAGCAUAAAUGAUUUGGGUAAUUAUGAUACGGAUUUAUGCAACUUGUUGAAGGAAGCGACGCCAGAAGGGCCUCCUGAUUCGGAUCUGAUUGAUUUUUCCAGUCGGGAUUGUUGUGUUUGUUCGGGCCGUCUCUCUCCGAACUGUCUGUCCGUCCGGAUAAACUUUUUUUUUUUUUUUGGAGUUCUUUGUACUCAAGCCGAACAUGGACUGGGGCACAGAACUUUGGGAUCAAUACGACACGAUAGAGAAGCACACGCAGACCGGCCUGGAGCUGGUGGAGAAGUACGUCAAAUUUGUGAAGGAGAGGACCGAGAUUGAGCAAAACUAUGCUAAACAACUGAGGAAUCUUUCCAAGAAAUAUAACCAAAAACGAAGCAGCAAAGAUGAGCCAGAGUGCAGGUUGUCCAGCUACCAGUCCUUUCUGGACAUCCUGAAUGAGAUGAACGACUACGCAGGCCAGAGGGAGCUGAUUGCAGAGAACUUGAUGAUGAACAUUUGCAUCGAUCUCACAAAGUACCUGCAAGAGCUGAAGCAGGAACGAAAGACGUAUCUGAUGGAGGCCAAGAGGGCCCAGCAGAGUUUGGAGAGCACCUACAAGCAGCUCGACAGUAGUAAAAAGCGUUUUGAGAGGGAGUGGAGAGAAGCAGAGCGCGCCGCACAACAUGCAGAGAAGACGGAUCUGGACAUCAAUGCAACAAAAGCGGAUGUUGAAAAAGCCAAACAGCAGGCUCAUUUUAAGGCCCAAACAGCAGAGGAGAGUAAGAAUGACUACGCUUCUCAGCUCCAGAAGUACAACAAAGAGCAGAACCAGUUCUAUUUUAAUGACAUACCACUUGUUUUUAAUAAACUGCAGGAUCUGGAUGAGAGACGAAUACGGAAGUUAGCACAAGGCUACAUUUUGUUCUCAGACACAGAAAAGCAAGUGAUGCCCAUCAUCGGAAAGUGCCUGGAAGGCAUUACUAAAGCUGGCGCUAACGUUAAUGAGAAGAACGACGCGAUGAUUGUCAUAGAGCAGAAUAAGUCCGGAUUUGAGCGUCCUGGAGACGUGGAGUUCGAGGACUACAGCCAAGGAAUCAAUCGAGCCUCUUCUGACAGUAGUUUGGGUACACCUAAAGGCCCCAUGGACCUGCUGGGGAGGAAUAAGGGCAAAAACUUUUGGCUUUUCAGCAGGAAGAGUAAGCUCUCCUCCACACUCACUCCCGACGCUUCACCCCCUAACGGAUCCCACUCCCCCAAGUUUGGCCGGGACCCCCUGUCGUACUGUUUGAAGGAGAUCAAUAAGACAGUCAAACCCAGAAUCUCUUCCUUCAAGACRCUCAGGAGAUCGAAAUUUACCCCAGACAAGACCAUGCCCACGGUGACAGAGGACUUUGGCCAUCUCCCACCAGAACAGCGCAGGAAGAGGUUACAGCAGAAAUUAGAGGAAAUUUCCAAAGAGCUGCAGAAGGAAGUAGAUCAGAGUGAAGCACUCGGAAAGAUGAAAGAUGUUUAUGAGAAAAACCCUCAAAUGGGAGAUCCGGCUACUCUCGCAUCCCAAAUCAGUCAGACGUCUCAGAACAUCGAUCGUCUCAAAGGAGAGAUGAGCAAGUAUGAGAACUGGUUGACUGAAGCUGGAGCUCGAGGCGACUCGACGCGGUAUAAGACCUACACAUUUAACGAUAACGGCGCUCAUGAUGCGCUCAGUGCUGAUGGAGCUCAUUCUGAUGAAAGCCCCCCUGAUCCUUCCCAACCCAUUUAUGCCGAGUUUGAUGAUGAYUUUGAAGACGAGGAACCAGCAGCUCCUAUUGGAAGAUGCACAGCUAUGUACAGCUUCCCUGGUGCAAGUGAAGGAACCAUCGCUAUGAAGGAAGGGGAGGUGCUGGCUGUGGUAGAAGAGGAUAAAGGGGAUGGCUGGACCCGAGUGCGAAGGAACAACGGAGAUGAAGGCUACAUACCGACAUCUUAUGUCUCCAUCACUUUAAACAAAUGAGGAACAGGAAACGGUCCGAUUCACUCUUCAUGAAGCCGUUUGCAGUUCUUCCUUUCGGACCAAUCAUGAAGAAGCCAUGUGACGAAUAGGAAAGACUGCCAGAGUAUCCAGAAUUGCUUUCACUUUACGAAAAGGAUGGCCCCCUGUGUGGCGCCUUGAUGUAAUUCCACUACAUUAACUGCAGUUAUUUUACAUUUUGACAUAAAUAUAAAGUCACAUAAUCUCAUUAUUUGCACAGUUUUUGGUGCAGAGACUUUUCUCAUUCCUGAAUGUGAGAGGAAGUGGUGGAAGAGAAGGAGCGCUGCUGCUGAGUGACACCUGGGAUGCUUAGGAGGACGUCACCUCGCUCGUUCGUGCUUUCAGGUAAAGAAAUCGACCCGCUCCGACCCGCGCCGGCCCCCCGCUCCCCGCCGCAGCGGAGCAUGGAAUUUUAUGACCUCUUUUCAUUUUUCGUUUUGUCUCGAGUGCGCCACUUUUUCUAUUUGUGACACCACUCGAGUGUCCCCCGGCGCUCGAGAUUUUGUAAGAAGAACGUUUCACUCUUGAUUUGGAGCAAUUUGUGGGGCUCAGCAGCGUGGACGGUGAAAGACACACACAUGCAGAAAAACAAAAAUAACGUGGCCGUGUACAAUCUUCUUCCACGAUCAGACAAUCACAACCAUAUCGUUUCAUUUGCAACCUUUAGCAAAAAACAAAACAAACAAACAAAAAARCAACUCAGCAGCUGUUGGUUUAUUGUACAUCUUUUCAAAAAUAACAUCUGCUGUUUUUUCUAGAAUUUGUACUGAAAGUAAUUUAUUACAAUUGUAUGAAAGCUGUGUUUAUAUUGAGAAAGUGCUGUUCUUCGUUCGCAGGAUGUUCUUUUUCUCCUUGCACAAACCGUGGACUGUCUUUAGCCACAAAGGGAGUAAACAUUGUACACUUAAAAUAUGUUGUAUUUAUAUAAUAUAUAUUUUAGCUACCACAACACCACUAUUGUCUUAUUAGCUUUUUAACCAUUCAAAUAAAGAAAGUUUGUAAGAAAAAAAAGCGUAAUAAUGUUGAUAAUUAUGUUUAUUUGCAUACCAAGUUCGCAAGUCGAUCGUUGAAAUGUUAUUUUUUUUAAAGCAUUGUUGCAGCACAGGUAAGAGAAUUGUACCCAUUCUGGUAAAAACGUGUCUUUGGUGCCUUUCAGGGUAAAACAUUUGUGUAUACCAUUUUCUUUGUCUUCCCAACACUUACCAAGUGUAAUGCACAUUUCAGUUUUAGAGUUAUGUAAUCUCUGGAUUUGAAAAAUAAAUAAUUGAAAUACAAA